AUGUCAAAUCCCAGGAACAAUGUAAAAUUAGUAACCUUCUCCAGGGAAGGUCAAGUAGCCCUGCGCAACAGAUCCACUUUUCCCCCAACUGGUCCUGUUGUUGCUGAGCUGAAACGUGACGGAGUAGGUGGCCUUCUGAUUCCGGGUCGUGAAACACAUCCUCUUUGGCCUCACGUUAACAAUCACACCCUGGGGCUUGAUUAUGUGCGCAGAGUAACACGAGCUGGUGUCGAUCACGUUGGUGAGGGUCCGGGAGAAAGAGCAAUUGGCCGGCAGCUGCGUGAUCAUCAUGACCUGGGCCUCCGUGUAUCCCAAGCCGCACAAAAACGGGACGUACUCAUCCAUUGCAAUGUCGUAGACCAGACCGGGAUCCAUCGCCUUGUUCGGGUUCAGCUGGCCGGCCCCCAUUGCGUAGGCACUGGCCGGACUUUGUUUCUCGUCGAGAAUCGGUACGCCGUGGUCGUUGACGAGGUCGGCGGUGGUCAUCAUAGCAGAUUUCACAGCCGCUGCCGACCACUCGGGGUGUAA